ACCCAGAUUCACACUUAUCGACGAGUUAAUAAAACGAUUCAGAUGGAAGACGGAGACGUCUAUGACUGCAUUGAUCUGAAUGAGCAACCAGCUUUUAACCACCCAUUGUUGAAAGACCAUAAAAUCCAGAUGAAACCAAGUUCUUUCCCUAUUUGGACGGAUAUCCAAACAUUGCCUUUAAAUUCUUUUUCACAAGUGCAACCAUCUCUCAUCGAGUGCCCAGCAGGAACAAUUCCAAUACUGCAUAGUAACAUAAGUGGCACCAUAGCAAUGCAUAAUAUUGAUGGGCCGAGAAACAAUAUGCAAUGGGAGAGGGCGGGAAUCACAUACAAGGGUGAUGUAUAUGGGACGCGUGUUGUAUUAAACGUUUGGGAGCCAAAGGUGAAUAGAGGUAGCAAGGAUUGUAGUGCAAUGUGGGUAGAAAUGCAAAAUGGAGGAGGAGAGCGCGCUGACAGGAUGGGUGUUGGUUUGCGGGUAUAUCCAACAUUGAGUGGUGAUACUUCUGUUAGAUUUCAUGUUGCUUGGUACGAGGGACUAUACAAAAAGGGAUGUAUUGACUUCAGCUGUCCUGGUUUUGUGCAAGUCGACCGCAAAAUUGGUCUUGGAUCAAAAAUACGACCACUCUCUAUCUAUGAUGGACCACAGAGAAUAGCAAACAUUCAAAUAUUUAAGGACGUGGUGUCUAAGAAUUGGUGGGUGGCUUAUGAACAUACACCAAUUGGAUAUUGGCCGAAUGGAUUAUUCGAAUUCCUUAGAGACAAAGGUGAUUUCACGUUCAGGGGCGGGUUUGUUGCGGGACCGACUGCAUCGUCAAAAUCUCCGCAAAUGGGUAGUGGACAUUAUGCUUCGGAAGGAUUCAAAAGAGCAGCAUACAUUAGAAAUAUCGAGAUCGUGGAAGAGAAUGGCAAGUCAAUGACUCCAGAUGAAUCCCAUGUGGAGCAUGGCUCAAGCGAUUCAUCCAAAUACACCGUCCAUCGUUUUGAAGUUAGUAAGCAGGCAGGUAUGCAUAUCUACUAUGGCGGACCAGGCUCCGAUAAGGCCAGAUAA